AUGUCAGAUUCGAGCCACAUGGACCAGUUUCAGCUGAAGCGGAUGGAUGAGAUGUGCAUUGUCAUUGAUGAGGACGACCAGAUCAUUGGGGCUGAGACCAAGAGGAACUGCCACCUGCGGGAGAAUAUCAACAAAGGACUGCUGCACCGCGGCUUCUCUGUCCUCAUCUUCAACAUGGACAACGAGCUCCUGGUCCAGCAGCGGUCAGACGCCAAGUACACGUUUCCAGGCCACUUCUCAGACUCCUGCUCCAGUCACCCCCUGUACAUCCCGGAGGAGAUGGAGGACUCAGAUGCCCUGGGGAUGCGCCGGGCGGCCCUGCGCAGGCUGCAGGCGGAGCUGAGGAUUCCCUCGGAGCAGAUCUCUCUCCAGGACCUCGUCUUCAUGACUCGCUUUUACCACCACAGCCCAUCAGACGAGGUCUGGGGGGACCACGAGGUGGCCUACAUCCUUCUGGUGAGGAAAAACCUCACGGUGGAUCCUGACCCCCGUGAGGUCAAGAGCUACCGCUACCUGAGCCGGGAGCAGGUGGCCGAGCUCCUGGACAGGGCUGCAUGGGGCCAGGCGCGGGUCACGCCCUGGUUCCGAACCAUCGUCGAGGACCAUCUCUCCCACUGGUGGGAUCACCUGGAAGACGUGUCUUCAUUUGUGGAUGCCAACACCAUCCACGGCCGUGAGAGCACAUGCAGCCCAGCUGGAGCCCCCACACCCCUCCUCCUGGCUUGA